AUGAGCUCUUCUAUGGCGAUUUCGGUCCCCUCAACCUUUCCGUUCUAUACAGGUUUACGCGAUAUCUUCACGGUCUUGUCGAGGCCUCAACGCAAACGAAAAAUCGUGGUCUACACUGAUGACGAUGAUCGAAACCGUGUCAAUGGAGCCUAUAUUAUGGGAUCGUACAUGUUUUGCGUCAACAAAGUAGCAGAUCAGAACUUGUUUCUGUUUAUCAAGCUUGUUAUUCAA